GGAGCCCGCUGCUGCUUGCGUGACUCGUAACGUACGUGACGCCGCACCACCUCCCUCUUCUCUCCUCCCUUUGUGCAGUUGACAAGCCCCUUCUCGGUCAGGACUGGAACACACAGAGAUAAUGGCUGUACCUCCCACCUACGUUGACCUUGGAAAGUCUGCCAAGGAUGUUUUUACCAAGGGUUACGGCUUCGGGCUCAUCAAGCUGGACUUGAAAACGAAGUCUGAGAAUGGACUGGAGUUCACCAGCACAGGCUCUGCCAACACUGAGACCAGCAAGGUUGCUGGAUCCCUGGAAACCAAGUACAAGUGGUCGGAGCACGGACUGACCUUCACAGAGAAGUGGAACACUGACAACACCCUGGGGACUGAGAUCACCCUUGAAGACCAGUUGGCUAAGGGGCUGAAGCUGACGUUCGAUUCCUCCUUCUCACCAAACACCGGCAAGAAGAGCGGCAAGAUCAAGACGGGCUACAAGUGCGACCACAUCAACCUUGGCUGUGACGUUAACUACGACAUCAAUGGCACAGCUAUCCACGGCGCAGCAGUAGUAGGCUACGAGGGCUGGCUUGCCGGCUACCAGAUGACCUUCGAGGCUGGCAGGAACAGGAUCACCCAGAGCAACUUUGCGGUUGGAUUUAAGACUGAAGAGUUCCAGCUCCAUACAAAUGUGUAA